AUGGGUUGUGCAAGCAGUGCGGCAUUACCUUUUCUAACAACAAAAGGAAAUCAGAACGAAGGUUUGGAAACGACGAGCGUUAACGGUAAACAACACGCUUACGAUUUGCAAUCAAUUAAUAACGAAUUAAAUGAAAAUGUUAAAAAUGGUAGCGAAUCUUACAUAUCGGAAAAAAUAAAAGGAGUUGUCGAUUCUUCGGCUGUUCAAGGAGUUAUUGGUAAUGUUGAAAAAACAAAAGAAGAAAUUUACAGUCAGGUCAAAGGUUUAAAAGAGUAUCAAGUAACGAAAAGUGUUUAA